AUGGUGGCACAUGUGCUGUUCCAGUGGAUUCUAAGAGGGCUUAUUCUGACUUUCCUGCUCAAAACUACUCUGUCCCUAAAUCCAGAUGAUCCAAAUGUUUGUAGUCACUGGGAAAGCUACGCCGUGACCGUGCAGGAAUCCUACGCUCACCCCUUUGACCAGAUCUACUACACACGAUGCACAGACAUCCUCAACUGGUUCAAGUGCACCAGGCACAGGAUCAGCUACAAGACCGCCUAUCGCAGGGGGCUGCGCACGAUGUACCGCCGGCGCUCCCAGUGCUGCCCCGGCUACUACGAGAGUGGGGACUACUGCAUACCACUGUGCACAGAGGAGUGUGUGCAUGGAAGAUGUGUCUCUCCUGACACGUGUCACUGUGAACCAGGCUGGGGAGGGACUGAUUGCUCAAGUGGCUGUGACAGCGAGCACUGGGGGCCCCACUGCAGCAACCGCUGCCAGUGCCAGAACGAAGCGCUCUGCAACCCCAUCACGGGCGCCUGCGUGUGCGCCGACGGCUUCCGCGGCUGGCGCUGCGAGGAGCUCUGCGAGCCGGGCACCUACGGCAAGGGCUGCCACUUCCAGUGCCAGUGCCACCACGGGGCCACCUGCGACCACCAGACCGGCGAGUGCCACUGCGCGCCCGGGUACACCGGCGUGUUCUGCGAGGAGCUGUGUCCCCCCGGCAGCCACGGAGCGCAGUGCGAGCUGCGCUGCCCCUGCCAGAACGGGGGAGUUUGUCACCACAUCACUGGGGAGUGCUCCUGUCCUGCUGGAUGGAUGGGGCUGGUGUGUGCACAGCCUUGUCCUCCUGGAACCUUUGGAAUUAACUGCAGCCAGGACUGUCCAUGCCACAACGGAGGGCACUGUGACCCUGUGACAGGAAAGUGCCUGUGUACAGCUGGCUAUAUAGGAGACAGGUGCCAGGAGGAGUGUCCCAUCGGCACCUACGGCUUCCAGUGCACGCAGACCUGCGCCUGCCAGAACGGGGCCAAGUGCUACCACGUCAACGGCGCCUGCAUCUGUGACCCUGGCUUCAAAGGCAUCCACUGCCAGGAAAGAAUGUGUCCUGAAGGCUUCUAUGGCCUCAAGUGCAACAAGAAAUGCCCCUGCAAUAUCACCAACACCCUCAGUUGCCAUCCUCUGUCUGGGGAGUGCAGCUGCAAGGCUGGCUGGGCUGGGCUCUACUGCAACGAGACGUGUCCCGUGGGCUACUACGGCAAGGGCUGCCAGGUGCCCUGUCCCUGCCACAACGGGGCCGACUGUGACAGCAUCACUGGCAGCUGCAUCUGCGCCCCAGGCUUCAUGGGAGAUGACUGCACCAUUCCCUGCAUGGCGGGGACCUACGGAACCAAUUGCUCUUCGGUCUGUAACUGCAAGAACAAUGGCACUUGUUCCCCUGUGGAUGGGCUGUGCUACUGCAAAGAAGGGUGGCAAGGAGUGGAUUGCUCUAUUCCCUGUUCAAGUGGAAGCUGGGGUCUGAACUGUAACCAGACGUGUUCCUGCAGCAAUGGAGCGUCCUGCAGGCCAGCUGAUGGCUUCUGCCUCUGCUCCCCAGGAUGGCAGGGGGAGUUCUGUGACCAGCCUUGUCCUGAUGGAACAUAUGGCCUUAAUUGCAGCGAGCGUUGUGACUGCAACCACGCGGACGGGUGUGACCCUGUCACCGGGUACUGCUGCUGCUUGGCAGGCUGGACAGGCAUCCACUGUGACAACAUCUGCACCCAGGGCCGCUGGGGACCCAACUGCUCCAUCUCCUGCAGCUGUGAGAACGGGGGAUCCUGCUCCCCUGAGGAUGGAACCUGUGACUGUGCACCGGGAUACAGAGGGCCCUUGUGCCAGAGAAUUUGCCCGCCCGGGUUUUACGGCCACCACUGCAGCCAGCCGUGUCCCCAGUGCGUGCACAGCAAUGGUCCCUGUCACCACGUGUCCGGCCACUGCGACUGCCUGCCCGGCUUCUCCGGCCCCCUCUGCAACCAAGUGUGUCCCAGUGGGAAAUUCGGGAAGGACUGUGCCGAGGUGUGUCAGUGCACCGAGAACGGGACCUGCAACCCCAUCGACGGAUCCUGCCAGUGCUUCCCGGGCUGGAUAGGGAUGGACUGCUCCCAGACUUGUCCCGCUGGGUUUUGGGGCCCUGAUUGCUUUCAUUCAUGCAACUGCCACAACGGAGCACUGUGCAGCCCCCACGAUGGAGAAUGUAGAUGUACCCAUGGCUGGACGGGGCUCUACUGCACUCAGCGUUGCCCAGCUGCUUUUUAUGGGAAGAACUGUGCCAAUGUGUGCCAGUGCCAGAACGGAGCCGACUGUGACCACAUCACCGGGCAGUGCACGUGCAGGACGGGGUUCACAGGCAAGCAGUGUGAGCAGAAAUGCUCUCCAGGAACAUUUGGUUAUGGUUGCAAACAGUUGUGUGAGUGCAUGAACAAUGCAACGUGUGACCACGUCACAGGCACUUGCUACUGCAGUCCAGGCUUCAAAGGAAUCCGAUGUGACCAAGCGGCUCUUAUGAUGGAAGAAUUAAACCCCUAUACUAAAAUUAGCCCUGCUCUUGGAUCAGAGAGGCACUCAGUGGGAGCAAUCAUUGGAAUUAUUAUUCUCCUUCUAAUUAUUAUGGUCUUGCUGGCACUCUUUGUGUGGUAUCGACGGAAACAGAAGGAGAAGGGCCAUGACAUGCCAAGUGUAUCUUACACUCCAGCCAUGAGGAUGACUAAUACAGAUUACUCACUUUCUGGUGCUUGUGGGAUGGAUAGACGUCAGAACACAUACAUAAUGGAAAAAAGCUUCAAAGAUUAUAUGAAAGAAUCUGUGUGCAGCUCCAGCACUUGUUCCCUGAACAGCAGUGAAAACCCAUACGCCACCAUCAAAGACCCCCCCAUUUUAACCUGCAAACACUCCGAGAGCAGCUACGUGGAAAUGAAAUCACCUGGUCACAGGGAGUCCCCGUAUUCCGAAAUGCCAACUUCAUCAACAGCCAAUAAAAACAUCUACGAAGUUGAGCCCACUGUCAGCAUAGUCCAAGACGCCCGCAGCCGGAGUGCCAGCUACCUUCAGAACCCGUAUGACCUGCCUAGGAACAGUCACAUUCCUGGUCACUACGACCUGCUCCCCGUCCGGCACAGCCCCACGCACGGGCCUUCUUGGGACAAGCAGUCCUAGAGGCAUGGACUCCACUGGCACUGUGCUGCCAACACAGACUGGGAGGAAGCAGAGGAGAAGCCAUUCCUUCCUUUCCUGCGGACUGGCAAGGACUUAACACGACAUCAGCUUGGGCCAACUGCUGCUGCAUGAUGUUAUUUAUAAAGACAUUUUUGUAUGGGUACCUGGAACUAACGAGAGCCUCCU